AUGGGGGUCGCACGCACGACGCUGACGGCGCUGCUGCUCAGCGCGUGGGUGAUGAUCCACGCGGUCUUUAUCGCCAACUCCCCUCAGGAGCAGCUGGAUGAGGACCGCCUGUUGCCUCUGCGCAUUCCGUCUGUCUUCCGCAUGCCUUGGUUUCGCGCCUUCGUCGAGACGCACAUGGACGUGAAGCUCCUGCGUUUCUCGCCGGAGAAGAAGCACGCGAGCCCUUCCUUCUGGGUCUCACUGGCGCGGCGCGGCGGGACAGACACGCUCAGCUCUUCGCGCUCGCUCUCGAGAUCCGCCUCCGAGGACGACGGGGAACAUUCCUGGCUGCGGCCUCUGGCGUGGCUCGUCACCGCCAUGACCAUGGCGGAACUCGUCACUGUCUCGUACCUGCUCUGGGCGAUACUCUGGAAAACACUUCUGCGGCCUCUGCUUCUAGUCUUAUUCGUUCUUGCGCUUCUGCUCGGCGCUUUCUACGCCGUCAAGGGCUACUUUUUCGUCGUGGCACCCGCGCUCUUUCAGGAGGAGGCGCCGAGCGUGCCGGCGUCCGUGGUCGCGGUUGACGCGUAUCUGCACAAGGCUGCCGGCGCGCUCUGGGGCUUGCAGGAGCGCGCACUGUACCUGGUAGAUCGUUUUCUGGCGGUGCUGGUGACGCCGUCUUCGGUCCUCGAAGAGCAGAAGGCGCAAGCAGCUCGUGGAGCAGCAUCCGACGCAGGCACGCCGCUCGCUGCACUGCUCGAGGCCGCGAGGCGAACUCUCUACGCCGCCCUGACAGGCGACCCAAGGACAGAGGCGCCGAGUCGAUCCCGCGCGGACGCCGAGCUGUAA